ACUCUUUUGUGAAUAAAUUAAUUUUGGAAUUCCAAACUUUUCCUAAGAAAAAAGAUUGUUCCACACAAAUUUCUUAGCCCGACUUGUCCGAAUUACGUCGCAGCAUUCAAAAUUCAAGAAAAUUGACCCUCUUUCCUUCCUUUCUCUCUUUCUCUGAGACGCCUCUCCCUCUCCCUCUCUCUCUCUCUCUCUCUCUCUCUCUCAAACAGAUUCGGUGAAUCAGACUGAAGGCGGAGGUAUAGCCAUUUUUUAACACAUUUGAGUUGGUGCUCACUUGUAGGAAGAUUCCCGCUCUGAAGUAAAGUCUUUUUGGAUCUCAACGCCGGAGUCCACACCACCGCGCAUCGAAAGCCAACUUCUCCCUCUCACUGCUCACGUCUCUCUCUCUCUCUCUCAAACCGACGCCGCCGGAGUGGGUUUUCUCUCAUCACCGACCAAGGAAAAAGAUCGAAUCUCGCCCUCUCAGUAAAUGGAAUUUCAACAACAAAUGAAUGGAUAUUUGCGACUUAUAGAAUUUGGACAAAUUCAUGGUUUUUGGUUAGAUUCAAAAGCACAUCUAAGACGUGCGGCAAGGUCGGUCCAUAACUUGGGUAGGCUGCUCGUUCAAAAGCCAAAAAUCCCGGUCGUCACAGAACUUCAUGUGCAAUACAUUGCUAGGUUUAUAGAAGAGUUUGGUUGGACAGGAACGCCAAUCUACCCAAUGGAUAUAAUGUUAUUCCCAAAUGCAGCUCCAUGGUUAGAUAUCGAAAAUGCAGCAAAUGCUCACAGAGUUGCAAUAUUUAGGUCACAUAUUGAGGCAGAUCAACAAUCAAGGAACGAGUUAAUUGCUGCACAUGAUCUUUUUCUACAAUUUUUGCAUGCACUGGAUGAACUACAACAACGAAGGGAGUUGCUAAUUAGAAGCAAUAGGGCAUUUGUUUCAGCCGGUGCUCAUUUAGCUAGUGAGCAUUGUCUUCCGAUAAUGAGAGCAAAUGAUGUAGAAUCCGUAGUCACACUCAUUAAUGAGUUUGGCUAUAAUGGCAUCCCUCAACCAAUUUACCCGGAUGCACCAAUGUUGUUGGAACAACCCAACAGGGAGGAAGUGCAAGUAAUUUUAAGUAUGGUUAAUGGACGAUUUCAUGUUAGUGGACAACUGUGAAAAGUUGUAGGAAUUUUAUUUGAUUCAAUAGUUUUGUUACUAGUUGCUCCUUUUUUUUUAAGAUAAUUAUUGUUAACGUAUUGAAUAUGUUUAGAUACUACUGAUGAAUGUAAAAUGUUCAGGUUUUGAAUCUUCCUUUUAAUGUAUAU